AUGAAACGGAUACUGACCAUACUCGUUUGCGUUUUGACUCUAAUCCAAAGUGGGGUCAGUGCAGACUCAGAGGAGCGCUUAAUGAAUUGGCUUCUUGGUAAGGAACGCUAUAAUAAGCUUAUCAGGCCAGCUUUGAACAGGACAGAGAGAGUUACGGUUCUCCUACAGGUUUCUCUGGCCCAGCUAAUCAGCGUGAAUGAAAGAGAACAGAUCAUGACGACAAACGUCUGGCUCACUCAGAACUGGAAUGAUUAUCGUCUAUCAUGGGAUCCAGCCAAGUAUGAGGGGAUUGACAAGCUCCGGAUCCCCUCCAGACACAUUUGGCUGCCUGAUAUUGUGCUGUACAACAACGCUGAUGGCACAUAUGAGGUUACAGUCUUCACCAAUGCUGUUGUUCUCUUUAAUGGAAGUAUUGCCUGGCUCCCCCCUGCCAUAUAUAAGAGUGCCUGUAAGAUUGAGGUCAAACACUUCCCCUUUGACCAACAGAACUGCACGCUUAAGUUUCGCUCCUGGACGUACGAUCACACUGAGAUUGACCUUGUGUUAAAAUCGGAAGUGGCCAGCAUGGAUGACUUCACUCCCAGUGGUGAAUGGGACAUCUUAGCUCUUCCUGGGAGGAGGACGGUCAACCCUCUUGACCCGACUUAUGUUGACUUGACAUAUGACUUUAUAAUCAAACGCAAACCGCUCUUCUACACCAUAAAUCUCAUCAUCCCCUGCGUGCUCAUCACUUCACUGGCCAUCCUGGUCUUCUACCUGCCUUCAGACUGUGGCGAGAAGAUGACUCUAUGUAUUUCUGUUCUGCUUGCACUCACUGUCUUCCUCCUUCUGAUUUCAAAGAUUGUGCCGCCUACUUCCUUGGAUGUACCCCUGAUUGGAAAGUACCUGAUGUUUACCAUGGUGUUGGUAACAUUUUCCAUCAUCACAAGUGUGUGUGUGCUCAACGUGCACCAUCGCUCUCCCAGUACACACACCAUGCCAGCUUGGGUGAAACUGGUCUUCUUGGUCAAACUUCCAGCAUUGCUUUUCAUGCAGAAGCCUCAAGGGAACUCGGCUCGACAGCGAUUGCGACAGAAAAGGCGUUUGCAUGACCCCAGGUCACUGUUGGGCCUUGGUUACGCAGCUCCUCGCAAAUCCACAUUAUCUAACUCUGCCUCUGUACUGCUGGCUGCAUCGUCAGCUCUCUCGUCACCAGGACACUGUUACAACAGAGGAGCACCUCUCAACUUCAGCUAUGGCUCUCGGAAAAGAGAUUUCCGGCCCAAAGAAUUCCUGCCCAAUGGCCACAACUCUACUCAGGACCCGAGGGGGUGCAGGGGGGCCUCAGACUGGGGUGCUGAUAUUCAGGAGGCUGUGGAUGGGGUUUGCUAUGUAGCCGAUCACAUGAUGGGGAACGACGAUGACCAAAGUGUCAUUGAAGACUGGAAGUAUGUUGCCAUGGUGGUGGACCGAUUGUUUCUGUGGAUCUUUGUGAUUGUGUGUGUGGUGGGCACCCUGGGACUUUUCCUCCAGCCCCUUUUCCAGAACCAGAUUAUUCCUGUCUAA